AGUUCCGGUGAAGGUUUGGUUCCUACGCGGAAGGAAGUCACAACAUCAUAACGAAGAUGUCACAAAACCAAAAGAUUUCAACAAUGUUUACGGUGCAAGGCAUGAGAAAAUUUGUAUGUGACCGACUGACUGAAGUUGCUCAAGAAAUACUGGGAGCGUUUGAAAAGAGAGCCCAAGAAUACGAGCUGGAACUGGAGCGUCAGCGCAAACUGCUGGAGACUUUCUACGCACAGGCCAACUCUGGCCCAGGCAUCAAAGAGGAGCAGCAGAACAUAAGGAUCACUGAGAGUCAACAGCCUACUGCUUCAACCAGUGUACAAGGGGUUCAUAGUGAGCUGCAAAGUUCACACCCAAGGGAAGUUCAGAAUGCAGAGAGAAAAGAAAGAGCCAGCACUUCAAAACAAGGAGCUCAAAUCCCAAUUCACGCUCCCAGUGGCACCAAAAGGACCCCGGCUAAAUAUAACAAAUGCAGUCAUGGAUACAGGAUACCAAAAAGAUACGCGCAAAAACAAAAUAAUACUAACACAGAUCACGGUAACGCAUCUGCACCAGUGGAAAUAAUUGAAAUAGACGACAAUUCACCAGUGUCCAGUGAUGUAGAGAUAAUGCAGGACGACGAGCAGCCAACAACAAGCCAGAAUGUGAGAGAAACAUCACAAGAAAGCAAGAAGCUCAAGCCAAAAUCUGGUAAAAAGAGUUCCCCUCCUAGCUCUCAUACCCCCGCGCAGGAUAACAAUACAGAGGCCACUGCAUUAAGUAUGGAGACUGAAACCACCGCAGACAACACGGAAAAUGAACCAAAAAUAACUGAGGUGUCUUCUCUAAGUUUGGAUGUUUCUACUCAAUGUUCAAAGCCAGUAGACGAUGAGGAAAAUACAACUUUACCACAAGAUACAAGCCAAAAUGAGGAACUUAUGUGUGAAGACUUUACGGGCGACAAAACUCAAGGCAAGUUACUUCAUGAAAAUUGUAAAGAUGAUCAAUCAGAAAAAGAGAAUCCCAACAAUCCCAGUAAAAACAACGACUCGAUGUUUUCUAGAGUUAGGGAAAAUGAUGGUACAAGAGCAUUACUUGCAAGUACGGAGCAGAAAAUAAGUAAUAAUACUGCUACUCAGCGGCGUUUUAAAUGUAACUGGUGUAAUAAAAAGUUUGUUACGAGGACGUCUCUAAAGCGUCACAGUAGAAUCCACACUGGAGCGAGGUCUCACGAAUGCAGCGUUUGCCACAAAAGCUUUGCCACCAGCACGGAUACGAAAGUGCACUGCAGGAUCCACUCCGGCAAACGGCUCCAUAAAUGUGAGCACUGUGGGCAGGACUUCUCCUCCUGGAUGAGCUGUAAGAGGCACAAGCGUACACACAAGUCUGCAGAGCCUCAGGUGCAAUGACACGGAGGGAAUUGUUUCUAUAAAAGCUUCAACAACCAGGUAAAAUAUCAGGUGACAGUUCACACCUGGAGUAGUUCAGUGGUUAUAUUUAAUGAUACUUCUCUCUGUAAACAGUCCAUUUCAGUCGAGUUAGUUCCUCUUUUCAGACAGAUGAGCAGUGACGUUUCCACAUUCUGUCAGAACUGAAGGACGAGGUCAAACAUAUUCACUUCAAAACUUUUGUCCAGUUAAAACAAAGUGAUGACUGAAGGAUUUACACAGACAAUCACAGAAUACACAGUUCUCACGAUACAAAUAUUUCAAAGUUGUUUUCGGUAUUAAGUGCUACGAUAUAGUACCACGACCACAGAAUGUAAUUUUCAGUGUUGAUACUUUUUAGCAGUAUUUUCUGUUGUAUCUGGUAUUUACUAAAGCAAAGGUAAUAUUGUGCUUGUAGUUUUAUCUUUUUUAUAUAUUGCUUUUACAGAUGUUGUCAAAAUUAUCUAUGAUUUACUCUCCAAAUGUAUCACUCAUGACCAGGGCUGUGAAAUUAUCCAAAACUGUGGGAGAUUGUGAUUCGGUUGUUUGUUUGUUUUUUGUAAUUGUCUGAUCAGUUUGGGUCUUUUUAAAGGGUUCAGUGAAAGCAAGAAUCAGCAAGAAUCAAUCGGACUAUUUUUAUGUGUUAAAAUACAGAUUAUUGAUAUAUCUAUAUUGUCCGGAAAUUAAUAUCUGAAUGCGUUUUAUUUGUUUUUAAUGAGACAGAACUGAAUGAAAUCAAAAGUCAUGAUUGAUCAGUGUGAGAACAAAUCUUAUACUGUUUUAUUGCACAUUUCUCAGUGCCCUCGGUCAUUUAUAAUUUUCUUUUGGGAUAUUUUUCAUAAUCCUAAUCCGCUUCUACUUACUUGUUUGUGUAUUUGGGAUUAAGAUCGUAAAGGGGAAGAAGACAUUACUAGACAUUAAAACUUAAAGGGUCCAAAUUUGCAUCGAAUUUGUGUCUACCUCUAGUGUAAGGGCAGAUGGACAAAUGUGUUUCUUACGUUUUCAUUUUAUUUGAAAAUAAUAAUAAUAACAUUGACAAUGCUACUAUCACAUAUGACUGAAAGGUUUUUAUUCUGCACUCUGCUCUUUUAAUGUUAAUUUUAUGAUGAUAUUUAUGUUUUGAUUUGCUGAAUUGCGAUUUAAAAUUACUUUGUGUAUGAAUUUUGCUGUAUAAAUAAACUUGCCUUGCGUACUACUACUACUACUACUACUACUACUACUACUACUACUACUACUACUACUACUACUACUUACUACUAAUAAUAAUCACACAAAAAUGCCAGACAUAACUUUCAUCCUGUGAAAUCCAUCAUAAGUUUGACUCUUUCUUCUUGUGGCAUUGGCUGCACUUUUCACACUAAAACCAGCCUUUGUUUCUUUGGUCGACCCUGUGAUUUUCAAAAAUUUUUCUGACAAAGUCGACAGAUCAAAGAUGGAGGAAAUAAAGUGAUUAACACAAAAGCAUUUCACUUUUCUAAACGCCCAGUUUUGCAAACCACAGUCUCCAUAAUAUCCUAGUGCAUCAUAAUUUAAAGCUUUAUAAACUUGAUUCUAACCUUGUAAUUUCAUGGUUUCCUCACAGCUCUGCCCUGGUUCUGUUUGAUUAUUUAACCGUGUAAACUAGAAAGUCAACAUUUCUUUUACUGACUGUGGUGUUUUGAAGGUGAGUCUGCUCUUGGUGACAACUUUAACUGACUUCACAUAAUAAACUGACAACUCAUCCUGUAUUUACAGAUCUAAUAAAACACUAGUGAUGUGUU